AUGGAAGAAGAAAAUCAAACAAUAAUUCCUCAAGGAAAAAUACAUUUUGAUGAAAUGAGCGACACUCUUAUUUCUUCCAUUAUAGAGAAGCUUCCUUUAUCAUCUGUUGCGCUUUUAAGCACGACCAGCAAAAGAAUGCAUAGAUUAUGCCAUGCUCCUCAAAAUUGGAGUGAUAUAGAGUUAAAUGAUUCAUCUCAACUUAUUACUCCAUACAAUAUUGCUGUAUUGUGCGCUAAAGGUUCAGAAAUUCGUCAUCUUUCAAUCGAUUUACACUCAAAGAAUGUUUCAUUGGGAUCAUUAAGAUUAUUAUCAAUAUCAUGCCCAUCAGUCAUAUCUCUUUCUCUAUAUUAUACAAGCGAAUAUUCAAUGGGUACAAAUGUUUUUCCAAUAAAUGAACUAAUUUCAUUUCUGACCAACUCAAAAUCAGUCAGAUCAUUACGAUUUACAGAUUCUACGAUGAUUGACGAUAGUCAUCUUGUUCAAGUUCUUCCUCAUCUUCAAAUGAUGAGAGAAAUUGACUUGUCAGGAUGCAUAACAUUAUCAGAUUCCACUUUAAUUAAACUCGCACAACAAUGCCCAUCACUUCAAUUACUAGAUAUCAGCAGAUUACCAAUCACAGGAAGAUGUAUUGAACAAAUUUUCAGAUAUUGUGGCGGCAUCAAGAUACUUCGCGCUAAUAAUUGUUCGUCAUUCCAAACAGACUCAUUUUUACCAGUUUCUCCCGAAUCUCUUAAAGGAUUAACAGAACUCUCAGUUAUUGGAACUCCAGUUUCAUUAGAAUCCACAUUACAGCACUGUACAAAUCUCAGAAGUCUUCUUGCAUCGCUCAGUCUUCAUGAUUCAAUAUUAAUUCCAUUUUUAUAUGCAAAUAAGAGACUCGAAGUUCUUCAUAUGGGCAGUGGAUGCAGAGUUACUAUUUCUUCAUUGAUUGUUGCAAUCCAAUCAUGCGGUCAACACUUGAUUUCGUUGACUUUUCAUCCAUUUGAUACGUUUGCAGUUCCAAGUGACGAAAUCAUGAGAUUGAUUUGCCAAUCAUGUCCUCAUUUGAAGAACUUAAGUUUUGCACACUCAGAAGAGAUCUCAACUUACUGGGUCAUGGAAGUUCUCAAAAGAUUGAGUUUGGAAAGUUUGGCACUUUUUGGAUGGAAAAACGGUAAUUCUUCUGCAUUGAGAUUGAUCGCACCACAUAUUGGAACACUGAAAAUGCUUUGCAUUUCGGAGUGCUCUAAACUAACAAUUCCUGGUGUUAUUAAUUUCAUUUUAACAUCAAAGACACUCAAAGUUCUUAAACUUGAGGAAACAGGAGUUAAUUUACCUUCAGGAAACAUCAAUCCUGAUGUUUUGGCAGGAAUUAAAGACCAAUUCCCAAUAGCAAAGGAGUCUUCACCAGGAAUUCUCUUCCUUCAAUAA